AUGACUCGUCCAGAGCAUCAAGCGCCUCCACAUAUUUAUUAUAAUGAAGCAGAAGCAAAAAAAUAUACAAGUAAUUCAAGGACUCAGAUAAUUCAGGCAGAAAUGACACUUCGAUCGUUGGAUCUUCUUAAUCUUCCUGAGAAAAAAUCAUGUUUUUUAAUGGAUAUCGGCUGUGGUUCAGGGCUUUCUGGUGAAAUUCUUGAUCAAGAUAAACAUAUAUGGGUUGGUAUGGACAUAUCUCCAUGGAUGUUGGAGGCAGCGCUUAAGCGAGAUAAUGAGGGAGACUUAAUGUUAUCAGAUAUUGGACAUGGGCUACCAUUUAGAGGAGGAUGUUUUGAUGGAGCAAUUUCUAUUUCAGUUCUUCAAUGGCUUUUAAAUGCAGAUACGUCGUCUUCAAACCCAUAUCAACGUAUAAUGAGACUUUUUUCAACUCUUUAUUCAUGUUUGAUACGUGGUGCUCGCGCAGUUUUUCAAUUUUAUCCUGAGACAGAUCAAAGUAUCUCUAUUAUUACAUCUCUAGCAAAUAAAUGUGGAUUUUCUGGAGGAAUUGUUAUAGAUUAUCCUGAUAGAAAAAAGGCAAAAAAAUAUUAUUUAGUUCUUCAAGCUGGAGGUGGUACAAAUAUGACUAUCCGAAAUAUAGGAUCAAAUCAAGCUCCUAUAUUAAUGUCUCAUACUUCUCAACGAUCUAAAUCUUCAAAGCAAGAAAAGGCCAAAAUAAAAAACACUAAAGAAUGGAUUCUUCGUAAAAAAGAAAAAUAUAGAAAGUAUAAAGACAAUAUUCCUCGAGAUAGCAAAUUUACUGCACGUAAAAGACGUCCGAAAUUUUAA